UUUUGCAGGUGAGGAAAGUGAGGCUCAGAGAGAUUAAGUUAACUUGCCCAAAGUAACACAGCCAAUAUGUAACAGAGCUGGGAUUUGAAUCCAAGUCUGUCAGACUGCAAAGCCCAUGCUCUUUCCAGUACUUCACACUAGCAGGUUUUCUGGUAAUCACAUUGUAAAGCCUUCAAGAUGGUACUAGCGGACCUUGGAAGAAAAAUAACAUCAGCAUUACGCUCAUUGAGCAAUGCCACCAUUAUCAAUGAAGAGGUAUUAAAUGCUAUGCUAAAAGAAGUAUGUACAGCAUUAUUGGAAGCAGAUGUUAAUAUUAAACUAGUGAAGCAACUAAGAGAAAAUGUAAAGUCUGCUAUUGAUCUUGAAGAGAUGGCAUCUGGUCUUAACAAAAGAAAAAUGAUUCAACAUGCUGUAUUUAAAGAACUUGUGAAGCUUGUAGACCCUGGAGUUAAAGCAUGGACACCCACUAAAGGAAAACAAAAUGUGAUCAUGUUUGUUGGAUUGCAAGGGAGUGGUAAAACAACAACAUGUUCAAAGUUAGCAUAUUUUUACCAGAGGAAAGGUUGGAAGACCUGUUUAAUAUGUGCAGACACAUUCAGAGCAGGGGCUUUUGAUCAACUAAAACAGAAUGCUACCAAAGCAAGAAUUCCAUUCUAUGGAAGCUAUACAGAAAUGGAUCCUGUUAUUAUUGCCUCUGAAGGAGUAGAGAAAUUCAAAAAUGAAAAUUUUGAAAUUAUUAUUGUUGAUACAAGUGGCCGCCAUAAACAAGAAGAUUCUUUGUUUGAAGAAAUGCUUCAAGUUGCUAAUGCUAUACAACCUGAUAACAUUGUUUAUGUGAUGGAUGCCUCCAUUGGGCAGGCUUGUGAAGCCCAGGCUAAAGCUUUUAAAGAUAAAGUAGAUGUAGCUUCAGUAAUAGUGACAAAACUCGAUGGCCAUGCAAAAGGAGGUGGUGCACUCAGUGCAGUUGCUGCUACAAAAAGUCCGAUUAUUUUCAUUGGUACAGGGGAACAUAUAGAUGACUUUGAACCUUUCAAAACACAGCCUUUCAUCAGCAAACUUCUUGGUAUGGGUGACAUUGAAGGACUGAUAGAUAAAGUCAAUGAGUUGAAGUUGGAUGACAAUGAAGCACUAAUAGAGAAGUUGAAACAUGGUCAGUUUACGUUGCGAGACAUGUAUGAACAAUUUCAAAAUAUCAUGAAAAUGGGCCCCUUCAGUCAGAUCUUGGGGAUGAUCCCUGGUUUUGGAACAGAUUUUAUGAGCAAAGGAAAUGAACAGGAGUCAAUGGCAAGGCUGAAGAAAUUAAUGACAAUAAUGGAUAGUAUGAAUGAUCAAGAACUUGACAGUACUGAUGGUGCCAAGGUUUUUAGUAAGCAACCAGGAAGAAUCCAAAGAGUAGCAAGAGGAUCAGGUGUGUCAACUAGAGAUGUUCAAGAACUUUUAACACAAUACACCAAAUUUGCGCAGAUGGUAAAAAAGAUGGGAGGUAUCAAAGGACUUUUCAAAGGUGGUGACAUGUCUAAGAAUGUGAGCCAGUCACAGAUGGCAAAAUUGAAUCAACAAAUGGCCAAAAUGAUGGAUCCAAGAGUUCUCCAUCACAUGGGUGGUAUGGCAGGACUUCAGUCAAUGAUGAGGCAGUUUCAACAGGGUGCUGCUGGCAAUAUGAAAGGCAUGAUGGGAUUCAAUAAUAUGUAAAGAAGAUGCCUUAAUAUAAACUGAUGAUUGAUUACAUUAUUUGCUGAGACCUCAGAGUUCCUUUUUGCAAAUGGGGGGAAAAAAAGUAUUUUUCUUGCUUGUCUUGCCCUUUUUCUUUCUGUUCUCAUCUUUGCCUCACCCUCCUUUUCUUUUCCUUCCUUCCUUUUUCCCUUCCUCCCUUUGAUGAAAAGGAGGAAUAUAUGGUUUUUGUGGAAAUCAUUAUAUUUUUGCUUUAGAUUUUCUGCUGUUAAUUUUCAUCAUCAUAACACUUCUUAAGUUAAACAAAUCAUGAUGUAAAAUUUAGUACUUAAAAGUUUUUAAUCGGCUCAAAGGCCAAGCAUUACAUUUGUAAACAGUCCUGGUCAGUAGUUAUAUGAUGUCUCAAUAAAAAUGCUGUAAAAUAAAUUUCAAAGUCAUUACAAGUUAAGGGGUUGUUAACUUUCUUUAUGGUUUAAAUUAUCAGUGUAUCAUUAAAAGGCAGACAGAAAAGCCAACAGCUGUAUGUCAUUUAAAACUAUUCCCCUAAUGGGAAAUAUGGUAGGAUAACUUAACCAUUAGUAUUGGGAAUUUUUGUUUCACUUAGAAUAAUUAAGAUAAUUUUGCCACAGAAAAUCUUAGCUCUGCCAUUUGAGAUGAAAUUGUGAAUUUGGUUACUUAUACAUUCACAAUAUAAUGUUUGUUUAUAACUUGCAUUUUUUUACUUCAUAUUUUUGAAGACUUAUGGCAAUAUUUGAUUUUUUUAAAAAGCCAAUUUUGUUACAUUUCUUACAUGCCAAAAAUCUGCUUGAAGAAACUGAUAUACUUUGAUGAUAAUAGCUAAUGUUAAGACCUCCUAUUGGGAAAAUAAUUGCAAAUAUUAGGCUGUCACUAUUAUAUAUUAAAAAUAAUGAGACCAUGACAAGGUUGAUCUGAUUGUUGAUUACUUUGGAUUGCUGAACAUUUCACUUAGAACAAUGGCUGUUACAUAAUUUAUGGAAUUAAUUAAAAAUACUAGAAUAAUUACUAUACUUUUUCAUUACUGACAUCAUGAAGAUUACAGAUAAGGGUGUGUUACUGUGUUUUGAACUAGGAUAGACUGAUCUUCAGCAGAGGACUGAUUUGUAGUUGUGUGAGAGAGUGAAAGAGAUAGCUAGUUUUUAUAGUGUUAAUUUUUUAUGACUCAAGUGUUUUAAAAAGGUCUUAUAAGCCAGAGUAUCUUUAUAAAAAAAUAGUUACAUAAAGAAUUCAACUGAUUUUUGUGUUUACUUGGGCAAAGAUUUUAUAGCCCACUAAAUUGUUUUCACCAGCUAAAAACUGCAAUAUUCCUAUAGAACAUGAUAUACCCUGUAAAAAUGAUGUGCGUUAUGUUCUGCAGAAAUGUCAUUGCAAGUCCAGAUAUAGAAAUAUGACAAUAGAGAAAAUAUUUUUCUCCAAGUUAGUUUCUCAUUAAACUGAUGCAUACCAUCUUUUCUGGGCAUGCAUUUUUGUGAUUUCUAUCCUUGGAGUACCACUUUUGCAUUUUAACUGAAAAAGGAGAAUGAGACACUUGGCCAAACUUGAUGGCAUUGUUUCUAGCAUUUUUGUGUUUGAUGCAAGUAAUAUUUUUUAGAAGCAAAAAUAGCAGUGGCAAGGAAAAGCUAAAGGUCCAGAACACCUAGUUCAGCUUCCAUUUCUCUUUCCUUUUCUGUAAAACGAGGGAAUUGGAGAUGCUCUCUAACAUUCUGAUUCUAUUAAUUCCUCAACCUGGUAUCUUUACUCAAAAAAGCUAUCCUUCAGUUUUCACUGUUCUUAUCAAGGUGUUGAUGUUUGAAAGUAUAAGUACUAUAUAUCAAAAUCAAAUUAUUGAAUAAUUUGAACAAAUUUCCUUUUAUUCUUCACUAUUGUUAAGAUUAAUUCUUUGGCUUUUUGAUAUCUAUUAUAUUCCCAAUGUGACCACUAGCUAGAUUUAAUAUCAUAUAACAUUGGAUUCUUCUUGAAUAUAAUGUUACUUAAAUAUGUACAAACAUAAAUAGGUAUAAUUCCUUAAUCUUACAAUGCUUAUGUAAUUAUAAAACAAAAACAAACUUAGAAAACUAAUUUCAGCAAACUACAAUACCAACAAAGGGCAAACUAACUAUUUAAUGUGAUGGAUGUCUGUGUUCUCCUUGAAGUAUCAUGUAUAUAAGAACAUUAUAUAUAAUGUGACAUAUAAUGGCAUAGAAGAUGUAAGGUAUAUACACAAUCAUUGCAUUUUUAUGGAGAAAUUUUUUGGAAAAAAGUACUUUCAUCAUAAUAAAAGUGAUUUUGAGUGUGUUACAUAAACAGUUUUGUUCAAAUAAAGAUGGUAUGUUAUAAUGUGAAA